AUGAGAAAAACACCCUCAACAACAGCCUCCAAGCUGUUGCCAACGACUUUAACCUCUUCGUCCGUACAUAACAACAACAGCAAGGUCGGAAGUGGAAUAAAUCAUCAAAUUUCCUCAAGAAACGAUAGCUGGGAAGGCAAUACUUCAAAACAAAAUAGUAAUUUAGAUCUCCAAACAUCAUCGCUUAAUCCUGUAACAGGAACAGAUGAUGUUGUGGGUUCGUAUUCAUCACAUAGGGCGUUCGAGCCUCAACUCUUCAAUCCAUCUUCAACACCUAUAAAACCAUCCCCCAACAGUUCCAUGAUGGAUCUGAACAUUUUGUCCAACGUUGGAUCGUCUAAGGUUGAUCUCUCCGAGGAACUAACAUCUCAAAUUGAAUACAACAACUCACUGCUUAAAGAACUUCAGUCCAUGGAGAGAAGGGUGCAAGAUUUAAAUAGGGAUUUAAGUCAAAAGGAUCACGAUCUUCGCCAAGCUACUCAAGAAAGAUUCAAUGUUCAAAAAAUGUUGGAGAAAGUUCAAUCUGACCUUUACAACACCAAAUUACAUGCAGAUCGUUUGGAACAUGAAAAUGUCAUCAUGACAGACCAGAUUGAAAAAUCAAAGAAAACCCAACAAAGCAUUGCGUCUGAAAACAAGGAUCUCUUGGAUAAGCUUGAGAUCAGUUCACAACAGCUAGCGGACAGAAACGAAGAGUUAAAAAGCUAUCAACAUGAGAAUAGUGAUUUGCACGAAAAAAUCAACAAAAUGGAGUUAGAUUUAUCUGAACUGCAAUACAAGUUGGAUGAGGCAUUGCAUCACCUAAAUGAAGAAAAACAUCAAAGUUUGGAGUUUCAAAAACAGCAUGAACAAGAACGGAAUGAUUUGUUUAAUGAGAUUAACCGACUUACAGAAGAUAUUGAAAAACUCAAGUAUGAGUUGAACAUGAGUGACAAAGAAAGGGACCAGAUAUUAUUUAACAAAGAAGAAACUGAAAAGAGAGUUUAUGAAUUGGAGGCAUUUAUUGAAUCCAGUUCAUUGCAAUGGAGUGACAAGCUCAAACAAUCGCACGAGGAAUAUGAUCGUUUGAUGAAGGAACACAAAAAACUAGAGAGUGAUUACUCCGCUUUGAAAACUAGUCAUUAUCAGUAUUUGGGAGAUGUAAGAAAGGAGCUGAGAGAAAUUUGCAAUUCUGUUGUCAUGACCAAAGAUCAAAGCAACAAGAUGAUUCAAGAGAUUUCAGAAACACAGACUUUCUGCAAAACACUUCUUUCAACUGAGAACUCAACCACAGAAGCCCUUGUUAAUGAGAUUAAAUCGCUUUUGGAGACGAAAAGUAGAUGUAUUGCAGAGCUUCAAAAUGCUGCUGAUUAUUCGCGCAGCGUUGAACUUCAACUCGAAGAAGAAAAAUCAAAAUCAAUAAUGUUUGAGGAAAGAACGUCGAAAUUUGAGCAACAAGUUCAAGAGAUACAACAAAAAUCCAAGCAAACCGAAAGGGAAAUGGCCAUAAAACAUGCACAACAAAUAGAAAGGACAAAUUUAGAGGUGGAAUCUGUCAGGAAUAAUAUGAGAAGGCUCGAAGAAGAAAAUUCGAAUUUACGAAAAUCUCAACAGUCCUUACAAAAGAUGAAAUCAGACAUGGAGGAAAAUGAAAGAAAGACCUUGAAAGAAAAUAGAGUACUGACAGAGUCAAUUCGUAAAUUACAGCGUCAACUAGAAGAGACAAAAAGAUACCUCAGUAUUGUGCAAGCAGAUAGAAACAAUGUUUACAAUGAGAAAGAAGACCUUCGAAGAGAACUGCAUGAUGUAUUGAACACGCAACGAAACUCGGCAAUAGUUGACAGAGAGCCAUUCAAGUCGUCUGUGGACAUGAUUUUACAACCCAUUCCGUCUAUAUCAAACACCUUACCCAAUAACAACCCUACCGCUCUGUCUGGACAAGCAAGUAUUUCUCCACCUUUCAAUGCUUCUCAAGACUAUACCACAAUUUACAACUCAAUUCCUGAUGACAGGUAUUCCAAUACAAGACCAAAUCAACAAAAACCAGAUGACACAUCCGUGUUGUUAGAAGAGACGUCACACCACUACACCACUGGAGACAUGGCAUCUCACCAAGACAUGAUUCAACAAGAGGGAAGACUCUCCUCACAUCUACAGCCAGCGUUUUAUCAAGAAUUGGCAGUGCUCGACUCUCGAACUAGUGAGUACAAUUCAUCACACAUUCCAAACAUGUUACAGAGUUCUUUUUCAGGCGGUCAUUCUUUGAUUCCAUCUACAACCCCUAAUAGGUCCCUUAGAAUGUCGAAUCGAUAUUAUGAUUCCCUUUCAAGCCAAGAGCAAUGA